AUGCACGCCCAAUCGAUCCUCAUUGCUGUCUUUGCUGGCUUCGCCGCUGCCGCUCCUUUGGAAAGUCGCCAGCUGCUCGGUGGCACCGGUUCCAGCUCGAGUGAGUUCAGCCAAGGUGGAUGCAGAGACAUCCUCUUCGCCUUCGCCCGUGGCUCCACCGAGAUCGGCAACAUGGGAACCGUAGUUGGACCUCCCACCUCUGACGGUCUCAAGAAAGAGUUUGGUCGCGAUGCAGUCGCCACGGAGGGAAUCCCUUACGCCGCUUCAAUCGGUACCAACGUGCUCCCCGGCGGCACUGACACCCGCUCCAAGAACCUCCUCAAAGACACGCUCAACAGCAUGGCUCAAAAGUGCCCAGACUCCGUUAUCGUCUCAUCCGGAUACAGCCAGGGAGCAGCCGUCAACCACCGCGCCAUUGAAGAGCUCGACGCUGCCGUCAUGGACCAGAUCGCCGGUGUUGUGACCUACGGCGACACCCAGAAGCUUCAGGACAGGAACCAGAUCCCCAACUUUCCCAAGGAGAAGGUCAAGAUCAUCUGCCAGCCUGGUGAUGCCGUUUGCCUCGGUACGCUGAGCGUCUUGCCCGCUCACUUGACUUAUGGUGUCAGGGCGGAUGAGGGCGUGCAGUUCUUGGUUCAGCAGAUCAAGGGUGCACAGGCGAAGAUCAAGGCCAGGAACGCGAAGCGAGAGGCUGAGAAGGCGGCUGCGGCUGUUGCUGAUGUUGCUAAGCGUGUUGCCAAGGAGAUUGUGGCAUAA